CAGUCGGACCGGACAUCAGUCACUUUGAAUGAGUCGACACAUUCGGCCCAUCUACCAAGUUUUUUCGGCCAUUGGCCCAUUUAUGUUAAGAAUCUAAAACUCGAACCCGACGAUAGCUCCUCUAUAAAUGCCCCUGGCCUCCACAACAAUUUUUCUGUUUAUUUCGUCGUUCAAUUUCGAGCACUGGAUGAUUUUCUACAUUUUUUUGUUGGAAAGACAGAUAAAAGAAACCUUUUUUUCUAAUUUUAAUAUUUUAUUUCCCUCUUUUAUUAACCAAGAAACCAAAUUGUUUUUCCCAAUUCUUUUCUCUCUCAGUUCAAUUCCCAAAACCCUUGAAGGACUCCAUGCGUUUAGGUUAGAUUGAAUUCAUCUGGGUUUUCUUUUCUCCAAUUUGCAGAGAAAAAAGAAAGAAAAUAUGGGUCACUCGAGCUUCCAAGAUGAAGACGAUGAAGAAGAAGAAUACGAGGAAGAAGCUGGUGGCGGUAAUCGGCUUCUGGGUUUUAUGUUUGGGAAUGUCGAUAAUUCUGGCGAUCUUGAUGUUGAUUAUCUUGAUGAGGAUGCAAAGGAGCAUCUUGCUGCACUAGCGGACAAGCUGGGUCCGUCUUUUACAGAUAUAGAUUUGUCGGAAAAAUCACCACACACUCCGGUUGAUGCUGCUGAUCAAGAUUAUGAUGAGAAGGCUGAAACUGCCGUUGACUAUGAAGAUAUUGAUGAGGAGUAUGAUGGUCCGGAGAUUCAAGCUGCUACUGAGGAGGACCAUUUACUUCCCCAAAAGGAAUAUUUUACUGCUGAUGUUUCCUCUGCUUUGGAGCCUAAAGCCUCUGUUUUUGAUGAUGAAAAUUAUGAUGAGGAUGAAGAAAUUGAAAAGGAACAAGUGGUGAUAAGUGAGCAGGAAGAGCAUCUUGCUGUAACAUUUGGAGUAGAAAAAUCUCCUGAACAUGAUGUACAUUGUGGCUCUUCAGAUAAUGAAAAUCAAGUAGAUGGUACUGAAGACUUUCAGGAGGUACCUGAUGCUCUGGAAGAGCCAUUAGAUUGUAAAGGUUCCACAGCUCUGCCUGUUUUAUGUGUAGAAGAUGGUGAGGUAAUCUUACGGUUUUCCGAAAUAUUUGGUAUUCAUGAACCCUUGAAGAAAGGGGACAAAAGAGACCAUGGCUAUUUCACUCAUAGAGAGAAGUACAAAUCUAUGGAUGCUUCUGAUCUUUUUGAAGAGGAUGAAGAGGUGUUUCUAAAGGACACCGGUCAAUGUUUUUCAUUCUUUGGUUGGGAAAAGGCCAUCCAACAAGAUAUAUCUGAAUUUACUGAUGAACCUUUUGUACAAGGAGGUUUGGAAAUGUCUGCUCAUAGUAAAGAACACAUUAAGGAUUCUUAUCCUAGUCCUGAACCAAUGAAAGAGGGGUUAUUAGUAGAUAUUUCUUCUGGAGGGCUGUCACCCUCCUGUCUGAGAUUUUUUCCUCUUGACCAGCUGGACUGGGAAGAACAAAUUCUUUGGGACAAUUCUCCUGCAAUAAGUGGUAAUUCUUUGGAGAGUCCUGAAAUCUCUGUCUCUGAUUUGGAAGCUUCAGUUGCAAGAGAGACCAUUCCACAGGCGGGGCGAAAACUACUUUCCGAGCAGUCUACUGAACCCUAUGAGAAGGAUCGUGACAGUGGUCUUUGUUGUUCCUCUGUUUUCUUGGAGUCGUUUGACUCUAAAAAUUCUCCAGGAUCUAAGGACCUUCAGUUCUCGGAAAGCAGAUUCCAUCCCCAACUGUUGAGGUUGGAACCUUUGUUGGGAGUAGAUUCUUCAAAUGAUGGUGACAGUAAAAGAGAAUAUGUUGCCUUAGAGCCAGAUAAAAGUGAUCUGAUGAGGUGUUUUAGAAAACUUACGUUGCAAAACAGAGAUAUGAUUGAAGGGUCAUGGUUAGACAAUAUUAUGUGGGAACCGCGUAGUGUCAUUGCAAAGCCUAAGCUAAUUCUUGAUCUUCAAGAUGAGCAGAUGCUUUUUGAAAUUUUAGAUAACAAGGAAAGUAAACAUCUUCAGCUCCAUGCAGGGGCUAUGAUCAUUACUCAACCUGUAAAGCCAAGCAGUCGUUCUUCUGAGGUGUCGGAUCAUAAAUAUCAAACUGGUUGGCAAUUCAAUAUUGCUAAUGACAAGUUCUAUGUGAACCGUAAAGUUUCUCAGCAGUUACAAUCAAAUUCUAAUAAACGCAUGGCUCAUGGUGUGAGAGUUCAUCAUUCAGUACCUGCACUUAAACUUCAAACAAUGAAGUUGAAGUUGAGCAAUAAAGAUAUAGCAAAUUUUCACCGUCCAAGAGCGAUAUGGUAUCCACAUGACAUUGAGGUGGCUGUCAGGCAACAAGGGAGGCUGCCAACACAAGGACCCAUGAAAGUUAUAUUGAAGAGCUUGGGAGGCAAAGGAAGCAAACUACAUGUUGAUGCUGAGGAAACUGUCUCUUCUGUUAAAGCAAAGGCUUCUAAAAAGCUAGAUUUCAAGCCUGCAGAAACGGUAAAAAUAUUUUAUCUAGGGAAGGAGCUUGCAGACGAUAAGUCUCUUGCUGCCCAAAAUGUUCAACCAAAUUCUCUGCUUCAUCUUAUUCGCACAAGAAUACAUCUGUGGCCAAGGGCACAAAAACUUCCAAGAGAGAAUAAGUCUUUACGGCCUCCCGGGGCAUUUAAGAAGAAAUCUGAUCUUUGUGUGAAAGAUGGUCAUGUCUUUCUUAUGGAGUAUUGUGAGGAGAGGCCUUUACUUUUGAGCAAUGCGGGAAUGGGUGCAAACUUGUGCACCUACCAUCAGAAAACAUCUUCAGGUGAUCAAAUUAGUGGAUUGUUACGCAAUGGAAACCAAACAUUGGGAAAUGUUCUGCUUCUAGAGCCAACUGAUAAAUCACCCUUCCUUGGAGAUAUUAAAGCCGGUUGUAGCCAGUCAUCUCUUGAAACAAACAUGUAUAAGGCUCCAAUAUUUUCCCACAAGGUGCCGUCAACGGACUUCCUAUUGGUUAGAUCACCAAAAGGAAAGCUUUCAAUACGACGUAUUGAUAAGAUUGCUGUUGUCGGACAACAGGAGCCUCUCAUGGAGGUAUUCGCACCUGGAUCCAAGAAUAUUCAGACAUAUCUCAUGAACAGAAUGCUGAUUUAUGUGUAUCGGGAGUUUUCUGCGGCUGCCAAACGUGGUUUGACUCCAUUCAUUAGUACAGAUGAGUUGUCUAUUCAUUUUCCUAACCUUUCAGAUGCAAUUGUCCGGAAAAAGCUGAAGGAAUGUGCUUAUUUGCGGAGGGAUAAAAAUGGACGACAGAUUUGGUCCAUGAAGCCUGAUUUCCACAUUCCACCUGAAGGUGUUCUGAGAAAAUUGGUGUCUCCAGAGCACGUGUGUGCUUAUGAAAGCAUGCUAGCUGGUCUAUACCGGCUGAGACAUUUAGGAAUCACACGACUUACAACUCUUACCAGUGUUUCAUCUGCAAUGAGUCAACUCCCUGAUGAAGCUAUAGCUCUGGCUGCUGCGUCACACAUUGAAAGGGAGCUACAGAUAACUCCAUGGAAUCUGAGUAGCAACUUUGUUGCAUGUACAAGCCAGGACAGAGAUAAUAUUGAACGCCUGGAAAUCACUGGUGUUGGUGAUCCUUCUGGUCGAGGCUUAGGAUUUAGUUAUGUCCGUACUGCUCCAAAGGCUCCAAUGUCAAAUGCUAUGAUGAAAAAGAAAACAGCUGCUGCUCGUGGAGGUUCUAGUGUAACUGGGACGGAUGCAGACCUCCGUCGAUUAAGCAUGGAGGCAGCACGAGAGGUUCUUUUGAAGUUCAAUGUUCCUGAUGAAGUGAUUGCAAAGCAAACUAGGUGGCACCGUAUUGCCAUGAUACGCAAGCUCUCAAGUGAGCAAGCUGCAUCUGGAGUAAAGGUUGAUCCAACAACUAUCAGCAAGUAUGCACGAGGACAGCGAAUGUCCUUUCUUCAGUUGCAACAGCAGACCAGAGAAAAAUGUCAGGAAAUAUGGGAUCGACAAAUUCAGUCUCUUUCAGCUGUUGAUGGUGAAGAAAAUGAAAGUGAUUCUGAGGCAAAUAGUGAUCUUGAUUCCUUUGCCGGCGACCUCGAAAAUCUGCUUGAUGCAGAGGAAUGUGAAGAAGGGGAAGAGGGUAAUAAUGAUAACAAGAUUGACAAAGGGGAUGGUGUUAAGGGGCUCAAGAUGAGAAGACGACCCUCCAAAGCUCAGGCACAAGAGGAAAUUGAUGAUGAAGCUGCUGAAGCUGCCGAAUUAUGUCGUUUACUCAUGGAUGAUGAUGAUGAGCAAAAGAAGAAAAAGAAGAAGAAAAUCAAAGCUCUUGCAGAAGAUGCUGCGUUGACUUUUGGCUUACAAUCACGUAUUGCUGUUGAGAAUGUACGUGUUAAGAAAGCAAGCAAAAUUUCCAAGCAAAUCAUUCAUGCUGCUCAACCUAAUGGGUCAUAUGCUACGAACGAGAACAUUGUUAAGGAUUCAAAGGACAUUGAAAGUAGAAUUUUUAAAGGGAACUUGUCUGGAAAGGUGAAAGGAAUGAAAAAGAAUGGUAUGUCAAGCACAGGUCCAUUAACAAAAGUCAAAAUAUUGGGAGACAAUGUUAAGUUGUUCAAGGAGAAGAAGUCAUCAAGAGAGACUUUUGUCUGUGGAGCUUGUGGUCAGCUUGGACACAUGAGGACCAACAAGAACUGCCCCAAGUAUGGAGAAGAUCCAGAAAUACAGGUUGAAGCUACUGAUUUGGAAAAACCUCCUGGAAAAUCAACUUCGCUAGAACCCUCUGGUCAGUCCCAGUUGAAAAUAAUGAAAAAAAAGCUCAUUACUAAAAGUACGACAAAGAUAGCAGUUGUAGAAGCUUCUGAGGGUGAAAAAUCUAGUUCAAAUGCAAAAUCUCUCCCAUUGAAGUUCAAAUGCUCUACUGAUAGGGCAUCCGAUAAACUUGCUUCUGGAGGCACACAAAGUUCUGACCAUCCAGUCACUUCUGAUCCUGAAAAUGGAAUCAAGUCUGUUGCAAAGGUUAGUAAAAUAAUUAUUUCCAACAGGGCAAAGCCUGACGAAAUGCAGGUUGAGUCUAAUAAGCUGCCUAUUGUUAUACGGAAUCAAGUGGAUACCGAUAGAGGCCAAGUUGAAUCUCAUAAGAAAUCUAUUGUUAUACGGCCACCAACAAAUGUGGAGAGGGACCAAGUUGAACCUCAUAAACCCUCUGUUGUCAUACGCCCACCAGGAGAUAAAGAUAGAGAUCAACCUCACAAGAAAAUUAUAAUCAAGCGGCCAAAGGAGAUUAUUGAUCUGGAUCAAAUUAGUCCGGAGGGAGGCACUUAUCCUGAGUACAGGAAAACCAAAAGAAUAGUUGAAUUGUCAAGCUUUGAGAAGCAGGGGAAGCAGGAAAGCUUGCGAUUAACAGAGCCAACAGCAAGGCGGAAAGCUAAAGAGGAGAGAAGAUGGUGGGCAGAGGAAGAGAAGAAGAGAAACAUGGAGAGAAUAAGAGAAGACAGGGCAAGGAAGCUUUAUGAGGAAGAAAUGAGACUGCUGGAAGAGCGAGAAAGAUUUGCUGAGAUCACAAGAUACACAGAAGACAUUCGGAGAGAGAGGGAGGAAGAGGAACGCCAGAAAGCCAAGAAGAAAAAGAAGAAGAAAAAGGUUGAAAUAAAGGAUGAUUAUUUAGAAGACUAUAGGACAAGAAGAAAUGACAAGAGAAUGCUGGAAAGAGAUCGAGGCGCAAAAAGGAAACCAGUUGAGUUAGGACAAUAUGGUGCAGAGUAUGUCCCUCCAACAAAGCGACGCAGAGGGGGAGAGGUUGGUUUAUCCAACAUCUUAGAGCAGAUUGUGGAAGCACUUAGAGCUACUACCGAGGUGUCCUAUCUGUUCCUAAAACCAGUCUCCAAGAAGGAGGCUCCUGACUACCUGGACAUUGUAGAGCGACCAAUGGAUUUGUCCACGAUAAGGGACAAGGUUAGGAGGAUGGAAUACAAAAAUCGAGAAGACUUUAGACAUGAUGUAUGGCAGAUUGCUUACAAUGCUCAUAUCUACAAUGAUGGUCGCAAUCCAGGUAUUCCUCCUCUUGCUGAUCAGCUGUUGGAGAUUUGUGAAUACUUAAUAGAUGAUUAUCGUGACAGCCUGGAUGAAGCUGAAGCUGGUAUAGAUACUAGGGAAACUUAAUCAUCUGACAGAUUAAAAUUAUUUAUUAUUUGAAUGUGAGAAUUACCUAGAGAAGAGCCACUUCUCUAGGUUUUGGGGUUUGCAGGGUUUGUAUUUAUAAGGGGGUGUCUCUUGCCUGUUCUUUUUCUACAUGGGAAUGGAGCUCUGUAUGUGUAUAUUCAAAAGCUCAGAGUGCUCAAGUCCUUUGGGGCAUCAAAAGAAACUAAUUCAUGUAGGAUUGUUGUGGGUAAAAGAGAUAGUGAUAACCUAGAUGACAUAGCCAGUAAAUGAUGGUUUGGAGCUUUAGAGAUUAAAUCUUGUACUGGACAAGAUCCGAGUUGAGAGCAUAGGCCAUACAGGACUAAUGUCAUUCCCUCAAAAUCAAAGACACAGGCAAUCAUACAGAAGAGGUUCAUCUUUUUACAUAUUUUUCACCCCGGGAAGAAGCAUUCCCAUGAUAAUUAGGGAUCACAGGCAAUUAUCCUGAAGAGCUUUAUCUUGGCAUUAUGAGAUUGCCUGGGGAAGAAUCUGAAGCUGGUCGCUGCAAAGUGAGUAGAGAAUGCUUCAGCUGCUUACAGGAAAAUCUUACUAGUCUAAAAGGUCAUUUCCACGUAGGUUAGGCUGAUUUUUCAGGUUUUCUCCAAGUUUUUAAUAAGCUGAGAGAGGCUGAUGUAAAGAAUUUUGAUACACAAUUGACAAUUGUCUGUACCAUAAAUAUCUAUACAUCUAAUGUAUUUUUUUUUUUUUUUUGGGUUUCUGAGAGCC